UGGAUUUUAGGUUGUGACGUAAUAAAUCUGAUGGAAAUUCAGUCAAGUAUGCAACAAUCAACAAUCAACCCAAUGGCGAUGAAGUCAACAACAUGGUCUUUUGAAGAAGACAAGGUGUUUGAAUCAGCAUUGUUGAGUUUUGCCGAUGGCAUGGCUCAAGGGUGGCACAAGAUAGCCGAGGUUCUUCCUGGAAAGACGGCCGCGGAGGUGAGGGCUCAUUACGAGGUCUUGUUGCAUGAUGUGAAUGCAAUUGAGUCGGGCCGUGUGUCAUUCAGUUAUUCGGAUGAUGAUGAUAACAAGUCUGUUUCGAGUUUGGAUUCUGACUUGAAAACGAAUAAGACUGGGAAAACGGGGAAAGGGUCUAAACGUGGAGAUAAGGAGAGGAAGAAAGGGACUCCAUGGACUAAAGACGAACACAGGAAUUUCCUGGAGGGACUGAGGAAAUAUGGAAGAGGCGAUUGGCGUAGCAUUGCAAGAAACUGUGUGAUCACAAGGACAUCAACACAAGUGGCUAGUCAUGCUCAGAAGUAUUUCAUCCGACAGGCUGCCGAGAGAAAAGAAAGGAAGAGAGCAAGCAUUCAUGACAUCACCACCACCGAUACCACCACCAUGCCGGUGCAGCCACCACCAAUGCCACCACAACCAGCGCACCCUAAUAUCUAUGGUGGCCAAGGAGGAGGAAUAAUGGUAGGGCCACAAAUGGGUGGGUUUGGAUAUCAACAGAACUUUGGAUACCUUAUCUAAAGUUUGCUACAUACAAACCUUACCUUAGCUAUGAUUGAUUCAGAAUAGGACUGAUUUGCCCUGCAUAUAA